UCACCACUUUCUUUCACAACGUAUUGCUAUUCUUAAAAAAUAAAAAAUAUGGGUUUAAAAGGUAAGUUGAUAGCUUCAAUGGAGAUGAAGUGUGGAGAAGGCUCGUUUUUCGAUAUUUUUCACAUCAAUACUAAUCAGGUACCCAAUAUAAGUCCUAAAAAUAUCGUCCAUUUUGGAAUUCACGAAGGUGAAAGCGUUAAGACUGGUUCGAUUGUUAGUUGGAAAUACAAUGAAGCUGGACAAGAAAUGUAUAUGAAGCACCUAAUCGAAGCGGCCGAUCCUCAGCAGAAAUUAAUCAAAUGGAAAGUUAUCGAAGGAGAUUUAUUAAAGUUGUAUAAAUACUGUAAUUUUACAACAUCUUGUGAUGGCCAGUGGACUACUUGGACAAUUGACUACGAAAAGAAAACUGAAGAUACCCCAGAACCCCUCCUUCACUUGGGUGUUAUCCUUGCCAUGACCAAGGAUAUAGAAAGUCACCUUCUCAAGAAAUAAUGUGUGUGUGUGUGUGAUGAAUAAUUUGCUAGUUCUAGCUAGCAUGUGGAAUAAUAAAUAAUAUAAUGUAUAUGUGACUAUGUACAUACACAUUAUGUGAUGUGUUGGUGUGAUGAAUAUUUGGCUAGUUCUAGCCAGCAUGUGGAAUAAGUGAUGUUUUUGAUGAAUA